CGCUGCUGCCCUGCAUCUGAGCAUGGAGAGGAGGGCGCGCAGCCACUCCAGAGAGGCCCCGGGAAGAAGUGGGAGAUCCUCCCCCAAGGGAGGCAGGAGCGCGAAGGCCGAGAAGCGCAGCCGAGAGCACGGGCGCCAGGAUGCGGGGCACCAGCGGCGGAGCCCCGGGCGGUCAGGAAGCCCCGCGCGGGCCGCGAGCCCCGGGGAGCCCCGGGUCCCCGCCGCCACCGUGGUGGACGUGGACGAGGUCCGCGGCUCUGGUGAGGAGGGCACCGAGGUGAUGGCGCUGCUGGAGAGCGAGCGACCUGAAGAAGGAAUCAAGUCUUCCGGUUUAGGGGCCUUCGAGUGGCUUCUUGUCCUUACUUCCCUCCUCUUCGUCAUCCUGACUUUCCCCUUUUCUAUCUGGUUCUGCAUAAAGGUUGUACAAGAGUAUGAGAGAGUAAUUAUUUUCCGACUGGGACACCUGCUUCCUGGAAGAGCCAAAGGUCCUGGUUUGUUUUUCUUUCUGCCCUGUCUGGACACCUAUUACAAGGUUGACCUCCGUCUCCAGACCUUGGAGAUACCCUUUCAUGAGGUUGUAACUAAAGACAUGUUUAUAAUGGAGAUAGAUGCUGUCUGCUACUACCGCAUGGAAAAUGCCUCUCUUCUCCUACGCAGUCUUGCUCAUGUGUCCAAAGCUGUCCAGUUCUUGGUGCAAACUACCAUGAAGCGCUUGCUAGCACAUCGCUCCCUCACUGAAAUUCUUCUGGAGAGGAAGAGUAUUGCCCAAGAUGUAAAGGUUGCCUUGGAUUCAGUGACCUGCAUUUGGGGCAUCAAAGUGGAGAGAACAGAAAUUAAAGACGUGAGGCUGCCGGCUGGGCUUCAGCACUCCCUGGCUGUGGAAGCCGAAGCGCAGAGACAGGCCAAAGUGCGGAUGAUCGCUGCAGAAGGAGAAAAGGCUGCCUCCGAGUCCCUAAGGAUGGCAGCUGAGAUUCUAUCGGGCACCCCAGCUGCCGUCCAACUUCGAUAUCUGCACACGCUUCAGUCGUUGUCCACAGACAAACCUCCCACUGUGGUUUUACCUUUGCCAUUUGAUAUGCUAAAUUUCCUGUCUUCUCCCAGCAACAGAACUCAAGCAAGCAUCCCUUUGCCAAGUUCUCCCAAAUCUGUAGAGCCACUAAAUCCCAAGAAGAAAGACUCUCCCAUGUUAUAGAGUAAAGCCACACCCGAGAGGCAGCAUUCAGUCCUCCUCCUCUGCCCUUCUUUGGUUACCAAAAGGAACAUUCUCACGCAUUACGUCACAAUGUGGCCAGUACUAAGAACACAGUGACAUAAUGACAGAGAAGCAAUCUAACAAGUUUAGGUCAUCCUGAAAGAAUACUUCUGGAAAGAUCUUUGAUCGAUAUUCUCAUCUGGACAGAAUUUAAUGUCUAAAUGUAGUUCAAUUUUGACUGAAGACUUAGUUCAGGUAUCUUUUUGACUACUAGAUAUUCUUUAGCCUCUUUAACAGCCCCUUUGUAGCUGCCACAGCCCUGUCUCUGAGCCCUUACCACAAGCUGCUUAAGAUGUAGGCUUCUCCCAGUACACUCCCAAUUUUUCAACAUCUUGUCUAAUAUGUCCUCCUCUCACAUGCAGUCUAUGUUCCUCAUCCCCAGCCCUGAGAGUCUCACUGCAAUGACAGCUCCUCCGUGAACACAAGAAAGAGAUAUACCAAACUUACACGUGACUGGAGAAUUUAAAUACAGUUCUUUGUAUGGGCUUUGCUGUGUCAAAUAGAAAAAUCAAUAAAAGGACAAAAAAUGUCUUAUAUUGGUGCUUUAA